ACGUUUCUCAAUAUAACGAGAUACUAAGUCAUAUUUAUGAGGUUUUCUAUUAUUAUGACUUACAGAAUCAUAUUUUUCUAAAUUUUGGCGGAAACGGCUUCCAUACUUUUGGAAGAGAACGCAGUUUAGUAUUGGCUUUGGCAAGAAAACUUUUGCAAGAACAAUUUUGCAAGAAAACGCAAACUAUCUCUGUGGAACGCAAGACUUUUACGAUGCAGGUUUCUCGUUGAGACUUUUGCAAGGGAACGCUACGUUCACUCAGUAAAGCACUGAAAAACAUUGUUUUUAAUACAAUGCUUGAUAUUAAAAGGAAACGCAGUGUAAUUGACAGGUUUAAAAAGAGAAUGUGGACCUGUGAUUGGUCCAGCGCGCGACACAUCAGAUGGGCGUGACCUCAGGUGUGGACUCUCUGGCUCUCUCCGCAGCCGGACGGGAGAUCGCUCGCUGUUGUUGGGUUUGUCCGUAGGUGCGAGCAGAACAAUUGAGAGCAGCGAUGACUGCCGAACCGAUCCGCUCGGCUCUGGGUACCGUCUCCUCGGAGGACACCUCUCUGGUGCUGCCCUCUGACACAAAACAGCGGACGGGGCAGCAGCGCGUGCUGGAGCAGGUGAACAGCAUCAAGAGAAGCAAGUCGAAGAUAGUCAAGAAUGACUCCAUUCCGUCGCCAACAACUCCGGCAUCGGCGACAGAAUACAGUGAGCCGAAAUUCCAGUUCUCACCAACAAAACUGAACGACACACUCUUCAAAUUUAGCAGCCUCAACAUGACAAGCAGCAAGAGCAGAACGACUGGUCGCAGCUUGUCAGUGCGCAACACCAUGAGAAGACAAACCCCGAGCAGCCAGUGGGAGUCUCAGAUGAACUGGAAUGCACAGUCUCCGCCUAAUGGGAUGAGACGUGGUGGCAGUGACCCAGCUUUGAAUAAGGCAGCCGGCACAAAUUCCCAGCAGUCCAGGUCUUCAACUGUGCGAUAUAACCGAGCGACUGGACAAUCCAUGAGACUCCUGGAGAAUAACCUGCCUGCCAGCACCAGCCAAUCACAGACUGGUCGCAGCUUGUCAGUGCGCAACACAGUGAGAAGACAAACCCUGAGCAGCCAGUGGGAGUCUCAGAUGAACUGGAAUGCACAGUCUCAGUCCAACGGGAUGAGACGUGGUGUCAGCGAUCCAGCCUUGAAUAAGGCAGGCGGCACAGUUACCCAGCAGUCCAGGUCUUCAACUGUGCGAUAUAACCGAGCGACUGGACAAUCCAUGAGAUUCCUGGAGAAUAACCUGCCUGCCAGCACCAGCCAAUCACAGGUCGCAAGCAUCAAACCUCCCCUCAGCCAAUCACAGACAAUUACGAAAGUCACCACUACCAAGAACAAAUCAGAAGCGCUGGGUUCGAGUGGUGGCGAUGGAUCUGUUCCUAACAUCACUCUGCAGGAGGCAGUGGAGUAUCUGUCACACUCAGACAUCAGCCAUCAGCUGUGUGGAGCUUCAUUCAUACAGCACCACACCUUCACUGACGACAGAGCCAAGCAAAAGGUUAGUAGUUUGGGUGGGAUUCCUGCUCUUGUUCAGCUGCUGAAAUGUGACAAUCCACAGCUGCAACAGAUCACUGCCGCUGCCCUGCGAAACAUAGUUUUUAAAGACAACAAUAACAAGCUUGAGGUGGAAAGUUUUGAAGGAAUAGAGGCCAUUCUGACCUUGCUCAGAAACACCAACAUUAUAGAAACACAGAAACAUCUCACUGGUCUGUUGUGGAAUCUAUCCUCGGCUGAUAAGCUGAAGCCAAAGCUGAUCAGGAACGCCAUGCCGCUGCUUACAGAACGCGUUGUGGUGCCUUACAACUUUUGGACUGAUAGCAGCACCAACAAACCCACUGACCCUGAGGUCUUCUACAACACCACUAACUGUUUAAGAAACCUCAGCUGUGCUAGCGAGAAGGAGAGGAUAUCGAUGAGGAGCUGCCCAAGACUUAUCGACUCUCUCAUGUCUUACGUUCAGACUCGGGUGGAAAGAGUCGAUCCAGAUGACAAGUCGGUGGAAAACUGUGUCUGCAUACUUCAUAACUUGAGUUAUCAGCUAGAGAAAGAGGCUCAAGAUCACUUCAAACUGUUCUCUUUUCCUGAUGAGAAACCGAAUGAGAACACUAACAAAAAGAGCCUCUUCAGCCCCAAGAGCACCAAGACCCAGAAGGAGUUCAACUUUCCAGCCAUGGAAAAGAAAGAUCCUAAAGGAGUGGAUUGGUUGUACAACCAAAAGUCGCUGCAGAUGUAUCUGUCUCUGCUGUGCUUAAGUGAGAAUGAGGCCACUCUGGAGGCCUGCUGUGGAGCCCUGCAGAACCUGACCGCUUCAAAGAGCCAUUUGUCCACUCUGAUGAAUCAAAGCAUCAUAGAGAAGCUGCAAGGCCUGUCUGUCAUUUCACCCCUGCUGAUAUCACAAAACCUAGGCCUGCAGAAGACCGCCGUGUCCUUGGUGGGCAACAUGUCCCGGGUGUCAUCUCUACGGGGUACUAUGGCCAAGCAAAUUCUUCCCAAUGUCAGUGCUCUUCUGUCGUCUGUGACUCCGAACAUGGUUCGGUCUGACAGCACCAUCGCUACAGCGUGCCGUGUGAUGAACACACUCAUGCUGGCAGACCCCGACACUGCCAAGAAGGUGAUCGACACCAAACUCGUCGACUCUCUGAGCAUGCUGAGCUCAAAUACAUCAUUUGACGCAGCCAAAGUAGCUGCUGCAGUUCUUCUGAGGAGUAUGUGGGGACAAAAAGACAUCCAGAAUGUGCUGAAAAAGCAAGGGAUGAACAAGGACAAGUUUGUAAAUACAUCCACUACUACAGCAUACAAAGAAGCAACACGCAUGGAUGGACACUGAGAGAUGUGCACUUUUGCAGUGCUGCAGGAAGCCACAGAGUUUCCGAGAACUGUCCUGUGCUUUCAUACAUUGCAGGACAUUAUGGGUAUAUGCAGUACAUAUUGUAGAUUUAAUGGGAUUCCUGCAAUUUCUUUGCCUAUUAUAAAUGUGUAACAAAUUUGACUAUUACACUCUUACUGUUAUUUCCAACCCAAUGUUAUUCUUCUGAGGGCUAAAAUGGCACACAAAAAAAAGACCCUUAAAGUAUGAUAAACAGUUUGUGUGAUGCUAUAUUCAAGAUGAUUUGUGUGAAGAACAGACCAAGAACUGACCAAAAGUAAAUAUCCUUCCAGAUAUCUUCAGUACAGUCGUUCCCAAAUCUGUGACUCCGACUGAUUUGUUCAUGGUCUGAAAUUUGCACACAAGUCAUUUGGAUGGCUUUUAUGAUAUUUUAAUGGCGCUUUUCAACCGUUUUUAAACUUGACAUCCACUGAUGGAGGAAUAAUCAAUCCCUGUUUCUGGUAUGAAUGGUGAUGCAGCUGCUGUACUGCUAGUACAGGCCUGUUUAGGGCCUAAUACACAUCUACUAUUGGGAAAGAGUUUGUACACUUAUACUUAACAAACUUGCACUACUGGUCCACUCUUCCUCUGCUGCUUUCCUUCCUCUGUCCUCCUGUGAUGUAUAUUGGGGAUCAUAAUACAUGUUGGAUAAAGCUUUUGCAUUUUGGUGCAAUGAGGCCUGAAUAGUUGUCGGUUUCUAAACAUGCUCUUACGUCGCAGGUGUUUCGAUGUGAUUGAAAUAAUGUCUGUUGUUGUAUUAAUGUUGAAAAAAAAAAACAUUGCAACAAUGUUAAUACUAAUUAAAAGUAAGUUGGAUGAAAAGUAAGAUGUAAAAAAAAAUGUGUGAUUCAUCAUUGAAAUGCCAGUUAGAUUGGAGCUUGAUGAACUUUCGGUUGCAUUCGCAGCUCUGGAUGUUUUACCUUAAGGGGACUGAAUGCUGUGUUAAAUUCAGUUCUCACCUACUGAAGAAUCAGAACCACCUUAAACUUUUUUGUUUCUGUUUUACUUUGUUAGCCACACAUAAUUCUACUGUAAAUACAUUAUACUACAAAGACUAAGCACAGUUGAAAGGUAUAUAUGCAACUUUAGAUGUGUCUUAUGUUCCUUCUUGGCAGUGUAAAGAUGUUUCUGGCCUUUUGGGUAUGGUUGCAUUUUAGUAGAGUUAAUGCUAGAUGCAUUCACUUGAAAUGGGUAAUAAUUUUUCUGAAUUAUAAUGAAUAAAAUAAUAUUUUUGUUAGUCUGACUGCUGCUUAGUGGUAAAUGCAAAAUAAUUUGUUUUCUAGAUAUACAGUUAUAUAAUAUUUUGAUUGACAUCCUUUUUAUAAACCAAACUUGCUUUUUCUGUGUGCUGUUUGCUAAAUGUGUGGGAUAUUUAAUUUUUGUGAGGAUUAUUUUUUUUACUUUUGUUUGGCUGGAAUGUGUUUAAAUGUGUCUUCUUGAGGGUAAAUGUAUUUUUUUCCCCACCCAUUUUAUUAUGUUGUCAAAAUGCAAAAAAAAAAAAAA